UUUUCUUCCGGUAGAAACAGUGCAGUUAGUUGGGGAAGGACAUAACUCAGCACAAGUAAGAAGAAUAACAUAUAUCACUUUUUAGCAGACAUUGGAAGAAUUGUAACGUACCUAGCGCCCCAAAGAACGAAAGAGAUUCUCCAUGUUGCUCCGCCGGAUAUCGGCUGUGAGCCAGUGCCUAGCGCGGCUGGGAUCGAACAAGAGAAACAUACUUCUUCACCCUGCUCUCUCCUCUAUCGUGAGCCGCUGUCAGAAUGUCAGCUCUUCGGGAGAUCCUGCACAACCUGCUGCCAGUCCAGCUCCAGGACAGUAUCGGGAUACAGUGCUUCUGCCGCGCUCAGAAUUCCCAAUGAAAUUAACCGGGCAGAAGCUUCUGGAGCGAGAGCUGCAGAUUCAACGUGAGUGUGGCUUCGAUCUGCUUUACACUUGGCAGAGGGAGAGAAAGGCCAAGAAGGAGUUCUGUCUGCAUGAUGGCCCACCCUAUGCCAAUGGAGACCCACAUGUUGGACACGCCCUCAACAAGAUCCUAAAGGACAUCCGGAACCGUUUUGAGGUGAUGCGGGGUCGACAAGUGCAUUACAUGCCUGGCUGGGACUGCCACGGUCUCCCCAUUGAGCUUAAGGCCCUGGGGGAGCUGGGGACCGGUGGGCUCAGCCCUCUCCAGAUUCGGAAGAAAGCGCGUGAGUUUGCAGAGGGAGCGAUAGCUCGCCAGCGGGCUGCCUUCCAACGCUGGGGUGUCAUGGCUGACUGGGACAACUGCUACUACACCUUCGAUGGACAGUACGAGGCUGCACAGCUGCGAGUCUUCCAAGAGAUGCACAACAAGGGUCUGAUCUAUCAGGACUAUAAGCCAGUAUUCUGGUCUCCUUCAACCAGGACGGCUCUUGCAGAGGCUGAGUUGGAGUACAACACUGAGCAUAUGAGCAAAGCUAUCUACGCCACCUUCUCCAUCAGCAGCCCUCCGCCCAAACUAGCCGAGAGUGCAGAGGAAUGGGAGAAUGUCAAAGCUCUUAUCUGGACAACUCAACCAUGGACCAUUCCCGCCAAUCAGGCUGUCUGCUACAUGCCCAAAGCUCAGUACUCCCUGGUGAAGCGGGCAGAUGAUGACCAGCGUUUCCUGGUUGCCACUGAUCGCGUUGCCAACCUAGCCGCGGCACUAGGAGCACAGCUGGACACGGUGAAAACAUUUACAGGGGCGGAGCUGGAGGGGGCCAAGUGCCAGCACCCCACGCUGGCAGGUAAAGAGGUGCCCCUACUGCCAGCCAGUCACGUGACCAUGGCCAAAGGCACGGGAUUGGUCCACACGGCUCCCGCCCACGGCAUGGAGGACUACAGCGUGGCAUCCCACUUCAACCUGUCUGUGGAGUGCAUGGUGGAUGAAGACGGCCGGUUCACUGAGCUGGCUGGUGCCGAGCUCCAGGGCAAGCAGGUGAUGGUGGAGGGCAGUGCCACAGUGAUCUCCAUGCUGCGUGACGCGGGUGCACUGGUAAAGGAGGAGGACUGCGUGCACAGCUACCCCUACGAUUGGAGGAGCAAGCUGCCCGUCAUCAUCAGAGCCAGCCGCCAGUGGUUCAUCAACACAGACAGCCUCAGGGACAAAGCCAAGGAUGUUCUGCAGAAGGUGCGGGUGAUCCCCGAGUCGGCGCGGUCCACUCUGCUGACCCAGCUGGACAGGCGCACCUACUGGUGCAUCUCCCGCCAGAGGAGCUGGGGCGUGCCCAUCCCUGUGUUCUACCACAAGGACACCGGCGAGGCCCUCAUCAACAAACACACGGUUCCCCAUAUCAGCAAGAUCUUUGCAGAGAAGGGAAGUGACAGCUGGUGGGAGGAACCAAUAGAGACGCUGCUCCCUGAAUCGGUCCUGAAAAAGAGUAAAGCAGGUCCUGCGACAGACUACAUUCGUGGAGAGGAUGUCUUGGACAUCUGGUUUGACAGUGGAGUCUCCUGGGCUGCAGUAUUAGAGGAGGAGCAAGAGGAGCAGGCUGAGAGUUCGGCCCAGAGCGAGUCCAGGCUGAGCUGGCUCACCAGUGCAGUGCUGCCCAGUGCGCUGGUCCCAGAGGCGGACCCAAGGGCAGAUGUUUACAUUGAGGGGAAGGAUCAGCUGGGCGGCUGGUUCCAGUCCUCUCUCCUCACCAGCGUGGCGGUACGCAAGAAGGCUCCCUACAAGACGCUGGUGGUGCAUGGCUUUGCUAUAUCAGAGAAAGGAGAGAAGAUGUCCAAGUCUCUGGGAAACGUGGUGGAUCCUGAAGUUGUUAUCAACGGUGGCAAGGACCCCUCCUCCUCCCCCCCGUAUGGGGCCGACACGCUGCGCUGGUGGGUGGCCGAGUCCAACGUCUUCUCGGAGGUGCAGAUCGGCUCCAGCGCUUUAAACUCGGCCCGCGACAACAUCAACAAGCUAAGGAACACGCUUAAGUUCUUGUUGGGGAACCUGCAAGGCUUUGACCCGCGGACCCAGGCAGUGGACUCUAAAGAGAUGUACUAUGUGGACCAGUACCUGCUGCAUCUACUGCGGGAGUUUAGCAUGAAGGUGACCGAUGCCUAUGCUGAGUAUGAUGCUGGCCGGGUGGUGCGGCUUCUGCAGGGCUUUGUGGCCAGAGAUUUGUCCAGCUUCUACUUCAGUGUCAUCAAAGACAGACUGUACUGUGAUGCGGAGGACUCCUUGGGCCGGCGCUCGUGUCAGACGGUGCUGGAGGAGGUCUUAGACGGGAUGACCCGCACCAUCGCCCCCAUCCUGCCUCACCUGGCCGAAGAGGUGUACCUGCAUGCACCUGGACAUGACGCUGGAGAGACUCUGUUCCAGAGUGGUUGGAUCAAGAGCAGCUCGGUGUGGCGGAAGCCAGGAUUGGAGGAGGCGGUGGAGGGGGCGUGUGCCAUCCGAGACGCCUUCCUCUCGUCCAUCCCAGGGCGAAACGCUGCCGAGUACGAGCUCAUCAUCGCCAUCGAGCCCGGCCUGUUCUUCGAACUCACAGAGUCUCUCCAGGAGGAGCCCACCUCCACCUGCUCCCAGCUGGUGGAGUUGAUGAUGGUGUCUCGUGUGACCCUGACCAGCUCACUCCCACGAGACCUGCCAGAGGACGCCAACAUUAGCCGUGGAACUUUCCUCAUCAACCUGGAGGGUGGUGUAAUCCGAGAGGAGAGCUCGUUCACCGUGGCGGCACAGCCGACCUCCCUCGUCCGUUGCCCUCGCUGUCGACGCUACACGUCCGAUUCGCCCGACUGCCUUUGCCCACGGUGCCAGUCUGUCCUCCAAAGCACACAGUGAUGUCACACUACCAACCACGACUACAGAUUUCUCCCCGUCCUUCCUCUCUGCACGACCUUUGCAGAACCAAGGCUAGUGCCAGCAAAACUAUGGACUGAGGGGGGGAAUAUCAAAACUGACAGUCAGUCAGUCCCACAAUUCCACUUCCUGGGCGGGGCCUGGACUGAGCAACACGGUUGGCUGGUGAGGGUCACUGAGGCCCAGCGUAAAGAACGUGAUUGGCAGACUAUCCGUUGCACUUUUAUUUAUUCUGCUGAAUGGGCUUGGCAGGCUCUAACUACAGCUUUACUCUGUUCUGUUGUUCUGAUGGGUGAAUGAAAAAAUGGUUGUUAA